UCUGAUCUGAAGGCAAUGAGGAAGUUAAAAUGAAAAUCAAGCGAAACUGUGUUCUCAAACAAGCUUAACUGUCACCAGCACAUGGAUAUAGCUGUCUAUAAAUAUGAUUCUAUAAAUAGAUUCAUAUCUCAGGUCUGGAGCCUGGGCACUGUUAGCAGCAUUGAACCCUUUGAGUCUGCCGGGUUAGCUGAGCUAAACCGAUCAGAUUGAAACGCGGAAGGAGAGCCACUCGGCUGAACACACCUCAGGACACCGCACGGACCCUCAGCUUGCUCGCUGAAACAAGAAUGGAAAAACAAAGGGCUUCGUGGAAGGCAGAAUUCUGGAUGAGAAGGAAAGGCCAUUCCCCAGACAGAUUUCACUUCUCCAAGAAGAUGCCAGGAACUGGGGAAUCUCAGGACCCACGGUCGCUUCGCCGGGCGUCAAGUGAACUGGUCCGACCCUUGGAUAGGCAAGCAAACUUAUUGGAUAGUGAUGCCUCUGUGGCCCCAAAGCUAGAGAAAACCAACGGGGCCACUAGUGAUCAGGGUGGCCAAAGGAGUAACCACAAGGACAAGGCCCAUAAGAAGGGCCAGCGUGGGUUGUUAAAGACCUUGGUGAACAUCCUGACCAGGACAGGGUCAGAGGAACAGAAGGAAAGGGGAGACAAAAAGUCCAAGGAGAAAUGCAAUUCCCCUCAAGACCCAAAACACCUAGAGGCAUUUGUAGAGCCACCAGAGCCAACCUUUAGGAAAAAAGACAAGGAAAGGGGAGACAAAAAGUCCAAGGAGAAAUGCAAUUCCCCUCAAGACCCAAAACACCUAGAGGCAUUUGUAGAGCCACCAGAGCCAACCUUUAGGAAAAAAGACAAGGAAAGGGGAGACAAAAAGUCCAAGGAGAAAUGUAAUUCCCCUCAAGACCCAAAACACCUAGAGGCAUUGGCAGAAUCACCAGAGCCAGUCUCCAAGAAGAAAGACAAGAAGUCUAGCCUCAAGAAGGCCUUUUCUUUUAAGAAACAUGGCAAUGAAGAGGCCAAGAAGUCAUCAGGCGUGGACGUGAGAAGCCCUGAGGCACCUCGUAGGCCUGCAAAGCCUACUUUUCUUCCUUUGUGCAUCAGCCAUAGACCCGCAAGUCUGGCUACUCCUGACUCAGAUGAGGAAGAAGUACGUGAGAGGCUGUUUGCAGAAGUCAGGACUCUUGAGUCUACUGGACUUUCCAGACAAGUUGGGCGGCCCCCACCAAAGGAGGAGCCACCUCUUAAGAAAGGUUCUGAAUCUAACGACGUUAUUAUCCAGAAGAUAGUGGCUCUUCUCAAAGAGCAAGGUGACAAGUACAAUGAAAAGAUCAAAGAAGACCCGAAUUUUAGGGCAGCCUGGGACAACCUCUCCUUUACCUCCUUCCAAACCUUGGCAGAUGUUCUGGGAAAUCAGGAAGAAAACCAGAAGGAGCCAGAGAGGAGACAAGUAGAGAGAGACUAUUGUUUGACUUACAAAUUUGCAGGCAACACUAACUAUGCUGUCCACCGAAUCAUGGGCUGGAGAGACCACAGUGUUGCACACACAUUUGGUCAUAUAUAUUGUGAUAAUGAGCAGGAUGGAGCAACUGCGCCCUUCCUUAGUCCAGAUUGAAGCCCAGGCCUCUCUGUUCCUUUGAGUUGCCAUACAAGAGACAGUUGGGGCCAUUAGGAGAUGAGAAGAUGCUUUCUUAAAACUACUAAGCUAAUGCUUCAUGGACACGGUGGAAGCCAUGAGAAUAAAACAAAAAUCUUCCAUGCCUUUUAAAACCCAUACAAGAGACAGUUGGAGCCAUUAGGAGAUGAGAAGAUGCUUUCUUAAAACUACUAAGCUAAUGCUUCAUGGACACGGUGGAAGCCAUGAGAAUAAAACAAAAAGCUUCCAUGCCUUUUAAAACUAUUGAUCACUUCUUAUUGAAAUGGAGAAUGUACUGAUAUGGGCAUCAAACCAGAUCUCUGGGAGAGUUUCCUGUUGGAAAGAAAUAGCGACUCAGCCUGGUGAAUCCUCCAGUUCAUUUUAAUGACACCUCUGUGUGCCCUCUGUGUGCUAGGCAGAGUGCUUCUGGAGGAUGGAAAUAUGAGGAGAGGCAUACAUAAAGCCAGUGGUUCUAUAGUGACUCUCUAGUCCCAGAAUCAGAGGACCUAGGGUCCUAACUAGUAACCUGUGUGAUUCUGGGGAAGUUGUUUCUCUUCU